AUGGAAACGCCUUCUCCGCUUCUUCUUUGGUUUCGGCGUUUCGGUUUUCGUCGUAGCGUUGGUAGCGUUUUAGCGGCGUCUUAUCUUCCCACCCAGCAGCACAAAUCACGGCCCUACAGCACUGUACUUUAUGCAGCAUUAUCGUUCUACCACGCCCGGUUUGGUUUCCCCGAAGUCCGUGUAUGUAUCGCAAUCGCUUUUCUGACGCGCUGCCAAUCCGCCACACCUCCCCUCAGCCGGGCGAGGUUCGGUGAUCGCGCUCGACGGGAGAACCUCUGAUCGGCCACCCUUCAGAAGCCCCGAAGCAUCAAGCCGCGCUUGCGACAAGAUGACCUCGCUUGAGCUCCCACUGACACGAAAAGACCUGCUUCCCAAGGGUCGUCGCGAUCGCACGCUGUUUAUCGUGAUGACGGUAAUGACGCCCGCCAUCACCCUGUUCGAGUUGCUGGUCGUGCUACCCCAGUACCACGACAGUAUCGACGCGCUGGUGUGCCUGCACAGCGUGCUGGCCGUAUUCAUCGCAGUCAACAUCCUGGGCAACAUGUACCGGGUGAUCCAGACCGGCACCGGCGUGCGCGACUCCGGCUGUCAGCUGCCGGCCGUGCUUCUGCCGGGCUGGCGCUACUGCCCCGUGUGCCAGGUGAACGCGCCGCCACGCUCGCACCACUGCAACGUGUGCGACCAGUGCAUCCUGAAGCACGAUCACCACUGCAUGUUCGCGGGACGCUGCGUUGGCUUCUUCAACCAGCGUUACUUUGUCAUGGGGCUCGUCUACAUUUUCUUCGGCACGCUGUACAGUCUAAUCUACCAGCUGGACUACUGCGUGGCGUCCAUGGGAGGCAUGCGGCUGUUCUUCCUGCUCGGCCAGCUGGCACCCCACUUCGGCUGGCUGCUGGGGGUCUUCGGCUGGCGAGGAUUCUUCUGCUCUACCCUCAACCUCUUCCAAAUGCUGACGGUGGCCCUGUCCGGCUACAUGCUGGUGGUGCAGGCACAGGGCAUCUGGACCAACCAGACGACAUAUGAGCGCCGCCAUGGCAUCGUGCGCUACCAUGCUGGCCUGCGCCGCAAUCUCAGAGAAGCCCUGGGUACUUCGUGGUAUCUUGUCUGGCUGGGGCCCUGGGUCCGCUCCCCCGCCCUGGGCGACGGAUUGCGUUUUGACAAUGGCAUCGAGGCGCUUGUGGAAGGGAAGCGGCUUUGAAAUGACGCAAUGUGUGCACUCUUCACAACACUGAUUACUCCUCAGAGUUAGCAGGAUGAUCUUGGUCAAUUGGAACCAUUACCGGAGUAGGUUGUGGUGGACCUUUAUGGGAGUGAACUUUUCUCAGAGACCCUUCAUCGGAGUGAACUUUUCUGAGUGUGAACCUUUAUUGGAACAAAACACUGCCGCGCGCACUUGCCUCAGUGAGAGCUGCUUGUCAGAGUACACACUCAUUAGUGGUGCCCCGUCAGAGUGAAGUCUCAUCAGAGUGAUCCACCAUUGAAACAAGGCCUCAUCAGAGUGAAAACUCAUCAGAUGGGUCUGUUGUUAAAGUGAAUGCUUGUCAGUGUGAACAUUCUAAACUCGUGUCACGGUAACUGCUUGUCAAUAUGAACACUUGACACGGUGGUCAUUUGUCAGUGUGGACACUUACCAUGUUAAACUCUUGUCGGAGUGAACGCUCAUCAGUGUGAAUGCUCAACGAGAGCUUGUCAUAACAAGUGCUUGUCAGUUGAAACACUCCUUGGAGUCAACAGUUGUCAAAGUGAACAUUCACUAGAAUAGGCUGUCAACGGAGUGCAUUCUUGUUUAGCUGAAAGCCCCCAGCUAACAUGACUCAAAAAUUGCAGCGCUGCAAGGGUCGAUAGCAGUAACAAUGCUGUCCUCCUGGAAUAGUGGCAGCCUACCUGCUGGAGAGUAUUAUGGUGUUAGAAUUUAUGGCAUUUAACAUUCAUCUGGUUAUUUCAACAUUUACUUUGGUUUAUGUGAUUUAUUUGGGACAGUAUUGCCACAUACCCAGCCCGGUAAAUCAACACUAGGUAGAGUUAGGUGUUAAAAAAGGUGUCAAGUAAUGGCCAAGGUAUGAAACCUUUAUGCCAAAGUGAGACUGAUUAAGUUAAUUUUGGAACAUGCCCACUCUUAGAAGAAGCAUUCUUGGAGUGGCAGGUCGCAACCAGGAUUUUCUUUUUUUUAGUAGGUAUUGAUAAACGCCGAAAAGUGACCCCCGGCUGUUUUUUUAACAAAAUUAGGAAUAAGGCCAAGAAACCCAGGAUGGGAGGUGUCCUUGAAUAAGGAAAAGCCAAGUGUCACAGGAAAAAAAAUCUUCAUCUACAGCUCUAUUUUGUUGGCCCAAAAACACAGCCUGCACUGGACUGUCUGCAAGGCUGCUGCUCUUUUCAUUCUCUGAUUGGUACAGACAUUUCCCAAGUAUUUGGGUUGUGCGUGCGUUCCCAGGGGUCAGGGGAAUUCCACAUCCGUGACCUGUUCUUUUUAUCAUAAGCCUCCGUAAAUGCCGACUUUUUGCCCGACACUGAAAAUUGGCACCAAAAAAUAGGGAGAAUAAAGAUAGUGGAGAGUUUGUCAAAAAAAUGCAGAAACCGUGGAGAAAAAUUAACUGAAACGCCCUUCAAUUCGAAGGAAAGUUAACACCCAAAACACGGAACCCUAGUCAUAACCAUGCCAUUCUCUAACGGCCCUCUUAAGUGUGGCAUGGUAGCAAACCCUAGUCAAGGGAAAGUGGUUAUACUGUCGUGCCUCACUAAUACAGACCUUGUUAACACAAAUACCCCGCUAUGGGAACAAAAUUUUCAGAGACGAGCUUGGCAACUACAUGCAUUUCUGUUUCGUUAUUGUGGAUGACUCGCAUUAUGGACGACUUUUUGGAAGAAUGGAGGUGCCCGUGUUAACGAGACGCAACUGUAUGGACAGCACUGCCAAGUGUGGACAUGCACUGCCUUGGGAGAGUUUUUUUUUUUUUUUUUUUCCCCUUAUGGGAGUUAGUCAAGGUGGCUUACACAGAAGCAUUCUCGCUGAGUGAAUGCGAGUCCCAGCCAAGCGCUGUCCCAGCCCUCAUGUCCGGUUUGUGCCCCACGCUUACCUCUUGUGGCUGUUGUGGUACAUUCAGCACUACGGCGUUGCUAUCUAGGUGGUGUCUAGUCCCCACAGAAAGAAAAGGUUUCCUUCUCUCCAAUUGUACAUCGGUCUUCAAGCUGCUUUGCAAUAGCAAAGAACAUUAGGUUUGUGCAAGUGUUACUUCUUUAUAAUGCUUUUUAACCCUGAGACCGGUCCUUGCUUGAGCAGUAACUAGGUGCAGCAGUAUAACAUUUUUAGUUGCAUUCUUUUUUUUUUUUUAUAAAGAGAAAGGUGUGGUGCUACAUGAAGAAAAAUACCAGAUUUCCUGGGCUUAGUUGCAUGCUCUGGGAACAGCAGUUCUGAAGGUAAUGCCCCAGUUGCUAGAUGCACUUCAUAAAGCUCACGAGGGUUUGUGCAAAUAUACAUAAAAUUCAACUGUUGCAUUCGAUUUGCGUUAAUCUGUGGAAGUUAAUAACUUCACGCUUAGUGAAACUGGUUGUAGACAUGCUAGCUUGACACAGCAAUGUGCUCGUCAGGUUUGGCUUUCGUGCAAUAUGUGUGUUGACCAUGAACGUUAACAAUUUAGUUUUUAUUGCCCAAAAUGGUGGGUGGCAAUUAAACCUGACAAAUGUGUGUGUGAAUA